AUGGCGAUGAUAUUUUGCAACACUCUCUACUCUUCUUCUUCCUCCUCUCCAUCUCUCUCGCCGUUAACUUCUUCAACUCGAACAAAACCGUCGCGGCUCUCAAAGAAACUCAAAGCUCGAGCUCAAUUCCAGUCAAUGGAAGAUCACAACGAUCUUCUCCGGCGGAAGUUCAUGGAGUUCCGUCAUGUCGACGGUGGAAGAUUGCCUCCAGUCUCAGCUCCUCCCCUGCACCCUCCCGCUGGAUGUACGGAGCUUCUCUUCAUAUCAGAUCCUGCGAGAAAUCAUCUCCGGUACUACCAAAUGUCUCUGUUUUUGACGAUUGAUUUUGUUAUAGGAAGUUGGAUACAUUGCAAGAUUCCAACAGGUGUAUCACUCAACAUAACAAGCAUCUCUGGAUUCUUAAGCUCUUCAACAAAAGCUCCAAACUUUGUGUUCGAACUCAUACAGAGCAGUCCUAAGUCGAUCGUUCUCAUCCUCGACCUCCUGCAUCGCAAAGACCUCGUUCUUCACCCGGAUUAUCUCAAUGUAUACUACCAAGACACUUCUCUUGAUACUCAUCGACAAUCACUCCUCAAGCUUCCCGAAAUCAAACCCUAUGUUUCACCUUCUCUCUUUGUCCGCGCUGCAGUCUCUCCUACAACUUCGACUCUUAAAAUCGAUGUGGAGGAAGAGGAAAAGUUGGAUGAGAUCUUGAGAGAUCAUGUGAGUCCAGGGUUUGGUUAG